AUGUUUAGUGACCACCUGUGUUCCAUGAUGGUUGCUGCCGGCAAAGCCGACACAGCGUUGACGCUGUGCCGGGAGAUUGCGAGCCGCGCUCCGCAGGCCCGCUGGGCACACCGCCGCUGCGGCUACUUGCUCGCUGCUGCUGAGCGGUUUGAGGAGGGGGUGACUGCAUUCCAGACGGCGCUCAAGACAGACACCAAGGAUGCCGCUGCCUGGGAGGGGCUGGCAUCCUGCUAUCAGAACCUGGGUCGCUUCACCGCCGCCCUCAAGGCCUACACGCGAGCCCUGGAGCUGCAGCCGGGCCGACCCUACGCCGCCAUUCAGUGCGGUACAAUCCACAUGGCGCUGGGCAGCUUUGCGGAAGGUAGUGCCCAAUUCGAGGCGGCGCUGCGGAUCGCGCCCGACCACCCGUCGGCGCUGCUGGGCGCAGGGGAGAGCCUGGCGGCAGCAGCAGGCGUGCAUGCACGGCAGGGCGCUCUUGGUACUGCCGCUGACGAGCUGGCCAGGGCUGCGGGGCACAUCCUGCGCUGCACCGCUAAGCAUGGCACACUGCUGGCUGCCUGGAAGCUGCUGGGCGACGUGUUGGUGCUGCACCAUGCGGUCAAUCCCUCGCCGCAGCACCCCACCAUCCCCGCUGGCGCUGGCAGCGGCAGCGGCGCCACCCAAGCAGGCGGGGAGCAGGUGGAGGUUGAGCUGGGGGCAUGGCGGCGCCGGGUGGAGGCCAUGCGGCAGGGGCGGAGGGCUUAUGCCAAGGCGCUGCACCUCAACCCGACACAGCCGGGCGCCUGGCAGGAUGCCGCCUUUGCUUACCAUCAAGAGGCGCAGCUGAUGCGUGCCCACCCAGCAAUGGGCAGCUCUGGCGCUGGCGGCUCUCCAGCUCCCAGCCUGGCAGGGCUCACUGCUGCAGCUGAGCGGGUGGCACGGGCUGGGCUGCAGCUGGAUGGAGCUUCCGCCGACCUGUGGGCUGCACUGGGCACGGUGGCGGCAGAGGCUGCGGUGCGCGAGUACGCUCUGUCUCGAGCGCUGCAGCUGGACCCUAAAUGUGUGCCCGCUUGGGUGGCGCUGGCACGCCUGUAUGCCGAGCACGGCGCUGCCGGGCCGGCAGCGUCUGCACUGCAGCAUGCACGCAGCCACGAGCCAGCAGUGCCAGUCAUUUGGGAGGCCAUGGCUGAUGUGGCGGCGCUCGGCUCCACAGGCGCCGCUGAGCAAGCCAACUUUGCGGAGCAUGCCCACGGCUUGGGUGCUGGCCCUGCCGGCCUGCUGGGCUUUGCAGAGUGUGCGAUACGCACCGGCCGGGCGCUGGAGGGCCCUGUGUAUGCGGCUGCGAAGAAGGCGGCACACAUGCAGCCUCUGAACCCCGCCGCGCACAAUGUGCUGGGCUUGGCCUCAGAGGCACGAGGCGACUGGGCCACUGCCGUGGCAUCCUACAAGCUGGCGCUGCGGCUGCUGCUGGUGGCUCGUGACCCUGACGCUUGCAUGCUGCACCCCCCCACCAUCCAUGCCAUCCAGGGCACCAGCACCUCACUGCAGACUGCCGUCCAGCUGAACCUGGCCAGGGCGCUGACGCGCGGCGGCGGCACCCAGGAAGCGGUGCAGCUGUAUGAAGAGCUGGAGGUCACGGCAGAGCUGUACGGGCAUCCUCCGGCAUGGCUGGCAUAUGCUGCUGCCAAGCGGGCCAGCGGAGACCUGGCCGGCGCAGAAAUGGCGGCUCAGUCUGCCGCCGAGGCGGGUACUCCCGCCAAGCUGUUGGCCGGCGCCAUCUGCGCGUCUAUGCAGCUGCACUGCCAGGCGGGGCAGCCAGCGCGGGCGCUGGCCCACCUGCAGCAGCAGCUGCCUGCGCUGCAGGCUGCCAAAGUGCUACUGGAGGAUGUGGGAGAACUGUGGAUUACUGCGGCAGCUGGGGCAGCGGCCUCUUGGGAUCCGGAACUGCUGCGCCAGGCCCUCGACGCGGCGCAGGCCUGGGCAGUGGAGAUGGACGCCGACAGCGCUGCCUUCUUGGCUCGCUUGCGCAGCGUGGAGGCGGCAGCCAGCCUGGCGGCGCAGCAGGCGGACCGCGCAGCGGCGCAGUACAGCCAGGCGGUGCAUCUGUGCCCCGAUGAUGCAGCGCUGAGGGUGUCCCUGGCAGCGGCCGUGCUGAUGCGCCCCUGCCCGCCUGGAGUAGCCAGCAGCGCCAGCGCGGAGGCAGCCCUGCGACUGCUGGAGUCGCCGCUUGUUGCCUCGGCGGCGGUGGCCAGGAGGGAGCUGCCAGGCGUGGCGCCUGCCGGCAAGGCACCAGUGGAGGCAGCGCUGGAGGCGAGCACGGCAGCCUUGCUGGCCGCCCAGCGCUGCACCCCGGAGCAGCUCAGCCGGCGCCUGUCUGGGGCGGCUCACAGUGUGCAUGAAUCGCCUGCCAACCCAAAGCUGUGGUACUAUGGCGCCCUGGCAGCCAAGAAGGCAGCAGCCAUGGGCGAUGGCAGCGGCAGCAACGAGCGGGCAUGGCGCUGGUGCCGCGCGGCCGAGAGCGUGCUUGGCAGGGCAGCAGUGGAGGCAUUCUGA